AAGAAAUAGGCCUAGGUACUACAGGGGACAUCUGACGUACUGGAUCAGUACGCUCAUGAACCCCCACUUCUUCCAACAAUGCCUAACCAGCAUCCAAUGAGGUACCUGCCCCACCUGCUGAUGCACUGGACCCGUUGUUUGAAAUCUUAAACGGUUUUUAAACGCGCUGAAUGUAAACACUGUAAACACCGUAAAAUUGAUUCUUUGCUUGUACGGUGGGCGACUGUCAACAAGAUGUCAAUCGAAGACUACGAUAUUAUAAGCAUAUUAGGGAGCAGCAUCAGUUCAGCGAGUUACAAAGUGAGGAGCAAAACAACAAAUAAAAUUCUUGUGUGGCAGACCAUUGACUACUCGAAGUUAUCUGACUCAGAAAAAGGGAAAUUGAUAAAGAAGAUACAAAAACGCAUCAAUAUUAAACACCCCAAUGUGUUACUAUUUUAUGACUACAUUGACCAGAAGGAGAACAAAAUUUUGUACCUCAUCAUGGAUUAUUGCCCAAAUGGAUCACUGAAAAAAUUGAUUACAUAUGUGAAAGAAAACAAAUUAGUGUUGCAAGAAGAGUUUGUUUGCAAAAUAAUUUAUCAAAUUAUGUUUGCUUUGAAAACCAUUGAAGAGUGUAGUGGCAAUGUUAGUGUUAAUGAAGUGUUUUUUGAUGCUGAUUAUAAUGUGAAGUUAUACAAUUACAACUUUGAAGGAGUAAAGCACAAGUGCAAGGAUAUAAAAAUGUCCACAAUAGGGCUGGUUAUUUUUGAAAUUUGCUUUUUAAAAACCUAUGACAAACAUAGUUUGGAAUCUGACAUUAAAGAUAUGGGGACGGUAUACUCCAGCACUCUAUUAUCAAUAAUUUCUCACAUGAUUAAAGAUAAUAACGAUGUAAACAAGAACAUGGAUAAAAUAUUAUGUCAUCCAAUGCUAUUAUUAAAAUCAACAAAGUGGACAAAGGAACAAUGUUUCCUUAAAAUAACUGGAGAACACAUUAAACUACCAGAUUCCGAAAAACGUCACACACACAACGCAAAACAAGACCUAAGAGCCAGAGAAGCGGCUAUUCGAUCAAAGGAAAUGAAAUUACAAGAAAUGGAACAAGGACUAAUUCACAGGGAAAAGAAGUUGAUGCAAAUGGAGAAAAUAUUAAAUGAAAAGUUAAUGCAAGCCGAGCAAUAUCUAAAGAAAUGCAAAACAGGCACUUUAAAACCAGAGAAGCCACAACCAAAUUACGAAAAUUUAGAUUCAACCUAUGUAGACUGUGGUGACUCAAUUAUAAUGCCGACAAGUAAAAAGCUUGAUGUCAAUACCAUUGCGAAACCGGCAAACUUCACUCGAACCUUGUCCGAAAGGAGAAUAAGGUUUAAGGGACACAGUCCGUUGAAAGAAGUGGAUUUGAAUAGACGAAAAUCGGUGAAAAUGUUGAAAAAAAAGACGGCCUCUGCUUCUGAAUGUAGUAGUGAUUGGAAAACUUGUUCGGAAAAUGAUUCUGAACUGUCUAGCCAAGAUGGUACAAAAUCGAACAGUAUUACAUACUCAAAACAGCUAUUUAUCGACGACAUAUGUGAAAAUGAGUAUGAAGUGCCACCAGAUUGUCAACCAAUUUCUUGGACACUCGAAAGCAAGAAAUAUGCAUUCGAGUUGUUGAGAAUCAUGAAUGGUUCUGAAAAAGAUAAUAAUGCGAAUUAUAAUAAAGAAGUUAGACAUACAGAUUUGUGAUUAAUUGAUAAAUAUAUUAUUUUAUUAUACAUUAGUAUUAAAGAUUUGAUUUAUGCUGUUUACUUUGAGUAAAGCUUAUUUAUAGUUGUAUUUGAAUUUUAAAUUAAAGAUAUUUUAUUACUGUGUUUAAUA